AUGCCUCAGUUGACUGAGCCAGCCAAUCUACCACCACCUCCAUAUAACUCCUCAACGUCCAUCUUUCAAAACACUACCAUCCGCCAGACCAUUCGUGUCACACAACCAGGUCAUGAGAUUCGCUUACGCUUGUCCAACGCAUUCGGCCUUGAAGAUCUUUCGAUUACCAAGGUUGCCAUCAGUCUCCCCAUAGACCAGAAGCUCGGAACGAGUGCGAUCCAACGCAAUACCACGAGGGAUGUUCUCUUCAGUGGUGUCGUAGACGCAGUUAUCCCGAAUGGAGGUUUAGUCGUUUCAGACCCCAUUACAUUCCCAGUGAAAGCGCAAGACACGCUCACUAUCGACAUCUAUUUGCAACAGGGUCAGAGUGGAGGUGCGAUCACCUCCCAUCCAGGAAGUAGAACAACGUCAUGGAUGAGCUUGGGUGAUUGGGUCGGAAAGCAGAAUCUAACAGAUUCUUCAGUAGAGAGUGUCGAUCAUUGGUAUUUUAUCAGCGCCAUUGAAGCUCUUCUCCUAUCCACGAGUCGCAGCUGUGCAAUCAUUGGCGACAGCAUCACCGACGGACGAGGAAGCGACACCAACAAGAAUAACCGUUGGCCCGACCUUCUCCUAAGCCGCAUGCAACAAACCCCGACCACCAAAUCAAUCGCUCUCCUAAACCAAGCAGCAGGAGGCAACCGAAUUCUCGCAGAUGGGCUCGGUCCAAACGUGAUCAGUCGCAUUGACCGCGACGCCCUAGCUCAGUCCGGCGUCCGAUACGCCAUUGUCUUUGAAGGGGUCAAUGACAUCGGAGUCGCUGAUGCCGAUCUAGAAGUCCAGAAGAAGAUCGGCGAUAGACUUAUUGUCGCGUAUCAGCAGAUUGUGACUCGUCUCCACGCAGCUAGGAUUCCUGUGUUUGGGGCGACCAUAACUCCCUUUGGGGCGCCGGGUAACGCUUCCGAUGUACAGCCCUACUCGGAUCCUAUAAGGGAGGCCACGCGUCAGAGAAUUAACGAAUGGAUAAGGACAAGUGGUGUGUUUGAUGCAGUUCUGGAUUUUGAUGAGGUGCUUAGGGAUCCUGAGGUACCGGCCCAACUUGCGGAUAAGUACGAUUCGGGCGAUUAUCUACACCCCAAUGUAGCGGGAUAUCAAGCCCUGGCGAACUACUUCCCGUUAGACUUAUUUGAGGAAUUCAGAAGCUAGGGCUAGAGCUAACACGAAUAUUAACAAAGAGCUAAGGCUAUUGCUGAAUAAAGCUGAUGGAAACCAGGCUUCGAUGACCAGAUUACAGCUGAAGGAAGUACUUAGCUCAGUAUCAGUCUUGAUAGUCUGCCGGGGGAUAUGGUUCCUUAUGUAUGAGCGCUGAAAUGUCUUCCUGACUUUGGCAGUAAUCAGCUGUCACGUCCCCAUUGUGACCUGGUUUAGAGCAGCCAUAGUUUUCAGCGGACUCAGGGCAAUAUAGGACUCGUUCCAAUGAAUAUUUGGCUAAACCCCUUUAAGUACGAUCACCGACCCAGUCGUGAUGGUCAUGUCCGUGUUAUUUUUCAUCCAGGCUCAAGUAUGCAAGGGACUGUGCUGCAGACAGAAAUGCUGCUUCACCGCCAGGAUGGUCGGAUUGAACAGUCCUGAGGGGAGCUUGGC